UAUUUUAAUAAUUUUAUUAAAUUGAAAGUAGUAUAUAGUUUCAUUACAUAGAGUGGAAUAUUUGUUUGCUCCUGUUGCUAAUGUAAAUUCAGGCUCUUAGAAAGUUUUAAUACAUAAACAAGAAUUUUUUUUUCUUUAUGCAUAAAUGUGGUCCUGGUGGAAAAAUAUGUUAAUCUAUUUUACAGUAUGCACACUCAAUACUUUGUCAUGACUUUUUGCAUGAUCAACUGGCACAGAGAUGAUUAAUCUAUUGCCGUAAUGAGAUGUUAAGAAAGUUCUGGUGGCUUUAAUUUUUAAUAUAAAUAUAAAGUGCCGGAGUGUUUAUCAGCGCUUAUACAGGUUUUACUCUUUAAAUGAAUUUGUGAAAUUUCUAAUUUCUUGAAAUGCACCUGUAUUUUGAGACCCCAGUGAAGACAUGAGGGCAGUCUGGGUCCCUGACACUUGCUCCGCCUACGAGAUCUAAGAAUAGACCCACCAACAUGGACUGCUCUGCUCAAAGAUCGAGAGACUCCCCGGUAACAUUUUGAUCCAGUAAAGAAUGAAAAGAUUUGCUCCAGAGGAUUUUUUUUGUAUCUGUGUUUAUUCUGUUUGUGUAUAUGCUCUUGAAUACUUUAAUGACUUUGGUGUUGUCUUUUGGAGAAAUCAAGCUGACGACCACCAUGCAUCGAGUUUUCCCCUCCCAUUGGACUGUGGUUUUCUUGGACGUGCUAAACUGAGUUAAUGAUUCUGGAUGCUUGAAUUAUUUAUUUUAAGCUGCAUUUGAUCACUGAAUCAAUUUCCCAAACUUUAGAUGAAUGGAACACUCUCAGUAUGAUUAAUGCAAUCGGAAAGUGUUUCAUAAUGCUCGUCGAAUGCUUGAUCUUGUGGUUGAAACAAGGAAUUAAAAGGCUGUUGGGUGCUAAUUCAGUCGUAAACAACUGGAUAGCAUCCACCCAAAUCCCUCCUAGAAGAUUAUAUCAAGCAGACUCAGAGUGGGAAACCAAUGAGGCCCUCCGCACAUAUCCCCUAGGAGACAGAAAUGGAGCCAAGGUUACGAUCCAAACGAGCACACAUGCCUUUCAUGUGGACCUCCAAAGGCUUUCAGAGUGCAGCGAGUACUUCAGAGCUUUGUCCCAGUCCAGCAUGAGAGAAACCUCAGAGAGCCACAUUCAUCUGGAUCACGUGUCCUCCUCCAUUUUCCACAAUCUCCUUGAGUUCUGCUUCAAUCAUGAUUUUAAUGUUCCCCAAGAAGAACUGGGGGUACACAUCCAGGUGGGCAGCUAUCUUCUGGCUGAAGCCUUCGUCUCGAGGUGCCUGUUAGCCCUGGAACAUGAACUCAGUCCAUCUAACUGGUUAUCAUACUUGAGUCUGGCUCAGGAAAUUUGCUGUCUAGAGCUGAAAAACACGGUGUUCGUUUAUUUGAGCCGGAACCUUCUGGAGCUGCAACACGUGAUCAGGUAUCUGCGCCAUGAGGAGAGGGAGGAAGUCAUCAACCUGAGAGCAAAAGGAGAACUGUGCCUGUGCAGCCUCAGGAAAGAAAACCUGACUUCCUGGAACGACCCGGAGACAGAACGUGCCCGGAACAUUUUCACCAUGAAAUUUUCAGAGGACAGUGAGGGCUGGCACUCAGUCACAGAGCUUCCCUUCAGGGCCGAUAAGUGGUGUUUUACCAUCGUAGUGCUGUACAACUACCUGUAUGUCAUAGGAGGCUACAGGCAGCGCAGGAAGAGAGGCUGGGAGUUCACUAUGGCUUCCUUUAGGUAUAAUCCCUUUAACAAUUCGUGGGUGGCUACAUCACCUCUGAUAAAGCACAGAAGGCACUUCAGUGCAGUGGCCUGUGAAGGCUUUAUUUAUGCGUUUGGAGGCUGGUAUUUGGAUUCUCUGGUGUCUCCAGACUCCAGUACAGCUCUGUACACAGCAGUGGAGCGAUACGAUCCAUGGGAGGAUGCAUGGAGGUUUGUAUCCCCAUUACCACUCACUGACUUCCAGUUCACCGUGUCGUUAUCCCAUGACGUCCCCCUCACUGCCAGCCUUGGAGAGUGUAUCUAUGUGCUGGGGAGCAUCCAGAGGACAGGAGAGAAAUUAUUGCUGCAGUACAACACAAAGCAAGAUUCAUGGUCUGAACUGCUUCCCACCUUGACAAGAGCUGAUGUGGACCUUCCUACUCUGUACUUCCUGGGCGCUGCUGACGAGCUGCUUGUGAUUGGUGGGAACAACUCAGGGAAUGUGGUGACAUCAUUCCAUGUAAAAUCAAAGAGAUGGGGGAAGAUCCACAGAACAGAAAGAGUGUCAUAUGCUGGACAGGGGACACUUGUAGGUGACCAGCUUCUGAUGUCCAGUAUUGACCACAACACUGUUGUGAGGCUGGAUCUCUCAACCCUAACCUUUAGGAGGCUCCCACCUUUACUUGUCCCCAUGCGCUAUGAGGCUAUCUUUUACCUUUACUUUUAAUGUUAUAGCUCACUGGUUUACCUAAUAUAUACCUUUGUUUAUGGAAGAAUAAAAGGUCAUUUUAAAUUAUUUAAAUAUUUUACUUUAUUUCAAAAUCACCUUGGCACUCAAUGGGUGUGUUCACACUGAAGCCUGAAAUGACCCAAUUCAGAUUUUUUGGCAAUUCCGAUUUUUUUUGCCGGGGCCGUUCACACUGCCAGUA